AAGUUAGUGGCUAUAAAUUCAUUGGAUAUAUCCCUGGUACAGAAGCUAAUGUAGAUGAUGUAAAAAUGCGUGGGCUCAUACUUGCUGCCUCAAAGAAAAAUAGCGAAUUCAAAUCGACAAGUACUAUCAACAGUUCUUAUACCCAAGUAAUUUUAAAACAAGAAUUGCCUACACAUACAAUGGCUCAAGUAGAAUACGCCACACCAUGGCUUGCUGCUUUAAAAAAAAGGAGAAAUUAUGAAUUCGCCAACGAACCUGACGAAGCGGAAGAAGCCAAUGAAGCAGAAGAAGCUGAUGAAGCAGAAGAAGUCAGAGAAACAAGAAGUAGCAAGAAGAAGCAGAUGUAUAAGAAGCAGAAAAAGUGGAAGAAGCGGUGGAAGCAGAAAGG